GUUUUCUCCAACAUGGCUGCGCCCAGGUGAGGUGACGUGAGAGUACCCGCCGCAGCUUUCAGGGACAGAUUGGAGAGGCUGGUGGAGGAGAGAGCACCCGCGUAGCGAGAACCCAGCCUGAGCCGAUGCGGAGUAUUGCCAUGGAUAGCAACCAUCAAAGUAAUUACAAACUCAGUAAAACUGAGAAGAAAUUCUUAAGGAAACAGGUGAAAGCCAGGCACACUUUGCUGAGACAUGAAGGCAUUGAAACAGUAUCCUAUGCCACUCAGAUCCUGGUUGUUGCCAAUGGUGGUUUGGGUAAUGGUGUGAGUAGGAACCAGCUGUUUCCAGUUUUAGAGAAAUUUGGACAGGUGGAUGCUCUCUUAAUGCCUCCUAAUAAGCCCUACUCAUUUGUAAGAUACAAAACUAUAGAAGAAUCCAAGAAAGCCUAUGUUACCCUCAAUGGAAAAGAAAUAGUGGAUGAUUUAGGACAAAAGAUCAUUCUGUACUUCAAUUUUGUGGAAAAAGCACAAUGGAAGGAGUUGGGGCUUCAAGCCUUACCCCCAGGCCUCAUGGUAGUAGAAGAAAUUAUUUCUUCUGAGGAUGAGAAAAUGCUUUUGGAAAGUGUUAACUGGACAGAAGAUAAAGACAAUCAAAAUUUUCAAAAAUCGUUAAAACACAGAAGGGUAAAGCAUUUUGGUUAUGAAUUCCACUAUGAGAACAACAAUGUAGAUAAAGAUAAACCGUUACCUGGGGGUCUUCCUGACAUUUGUGAUAACAUUUUGGAGAAGUGGUUAAAGGAAGGCUUUAUUAGAUAUAAACCUGAUCAAUUGACUGUAAACCAGUAUGAGCCUGGGCAUGGAAUUCCUGCUCAUAUUGAUACACACUCUGCUUUUGAAGAUGAGAUCGUUUCUCUCAGUUUGGGGUCCGAGAUUGUCAUGGAUUUUAAGCACCCAGAUGGUGUCACAGUGCCGGUUUUGUUGCCUCGUCGGAGUUUGCUGGUGAUGACAGGAGAAUCUAGAUACCUUUGGACCCAUGGAAUCACACCCAGAAAAUUUGAUACUGUUCAAGCAUCUAAGAAUCGCAAAAGUGGAAUUAUCACCAGUGAUGUUGGGGACUUAACUUUAAACAAGAGAGGAGUACGGACAUCGUUUACAUUUAGGAAAGUGAGGCAAACACCCUGUCACUGCAGUUACCCUUUGGUCUGUGACAGCCAGAUGAAGGAGCCUCCCCCAUCAUUUCCAGAGAGUGAUAAAGAAGCCUCCCAACUGGAGCAAGAAUAUGUCCACCGAGUUUACGAAGAGAUCGCCGGGCACUUCAGCAGCACGAGACAUACCCCUUGGCCACACAUCGUGGAGUUUUUGAAAGCCUUGCCAAGUGGUUCGUUAGUGGCUGAUAUUGGAUGUGGAAAUGGGAAGUAUCUUGGCAUCAAUAAGGAGUUAUAUAUGAUUGGUUGUGAUCGUAGCCAAAACCUUGUGGACAUUUGUAGAGAGAGGCAGUUUCAGGCCUUUGUCUGUGAUGCGUUGGCCGUACCCAUCCGCAGUGGGGCUUGUGAUGCCUGCAUUUCCAUUGCUGUUAUUCACCAUUUCGCGACAGCAGAGCGCAGAAUGGCAGCUCUCCAAGAGCUUGUUCGACUCCUGAGACCUGGUGGGAAGGCACUCAUUUAUGUUUGGGCAAUGGAACAAGAAUAUAAGAAGAAGAAAUCCAAGUAUCUCAGAAACAGAAUUGGCCAAGUGAAAAAUGAGGAGAUCCUCGAUGACGCAUCAGUGCAAGAGUUGCUUGUGGAACAAAUGCCCGACGUGGGCAAUCAAGAUUCAGCCAGUUCUGCCCCCUCCAUCAGUGACUCUCAGAAUUCAAGGAAAGUAACUAAUUCCAAGCUACCCAUUCACACUAACCGGACUUCUUUUCAUUCUCAAGACUUACUGGUUCCCUGGCACCUUAAGGGAAAUCCUAGUAAAGACAAACCUGUUGAGCCAUUUGAUCCGAUAGGAUCCCAUGGCCCAAGUCCUGUGUUUCACCGUUACUACCAUGUGUUCUGUGAGGGCGAAUUGGAAGCUGCCUGCCAAACUCUGAGUAAUGUCAGUAUUCUGCAAAGCUACUAUGAUCAGGGGAACUGGUGUGUGAUUCUUCAAAAGGUCUGAUUAUCUUUAUGAACAUACCGUAUACAGGGAAGAAAUGCUCAGCUUUUUUAAAAAAGGAGACUAAAUUAACCAUAUUUUUAGUUAAAGAGAAAACUUGUACAAAAGUACUAAAGCAGUGUAGUUGAGAGAAAUUUGGAAGAAGAGAUCAGUUAGGAAAUAGGGUACUACUAUUGCUGACGACCUCAUUUUAUCCAUAAAUGUGCGCUUCUCCUAUAGGGAGGAACAGGGAUGGUUUCUUAAAGUGAUCAAAGAAGUUCAUGAAGUAUUUGGGAUCCUGGGGUAAGAGUACAGCGUUUUGAAGGUAGAUUUUUGUUAUAAAAUGUUACUAAAUGAAUUACAUUAUGUAGAAUCAUAGUGAAGUAAUCAUAUAACAUUUUAAUAAAGAAAAUUCCUAUUUUAAAAAAUUGUCUGAAAUUUUAUCUGUGAUUGUUAGUUCCAUAAAAUCGUAGAGGAUAAACACUCUGUCACCACACCUUACUAGUAUAGGGCAUGACACAUAGUAGAUAAAAUUUAGUCAAUCAGAUAAUACCCAUACGUCAGUAGGAGCUUCAUCCAACAAUUAUUUAUUGAACACCUAUUAUGUACCAGUUACUAUUUUAAGUACUGGGAGGGGAGCAGUCAACAACAAAGACAAAAUCCUUGCCCUCAUGGGCUUACAUUCUAGAAGGGAAGACAGACAAACAAAUAAAUAAAUAUAGGCUACAUGCCAGAUAGUGAUAAAUGCCAUGGGAAAAAAAUAAAACGAGUGGAGUUUUAACCUGGCAACAAAAGAUUAAUUUUAAAGUGCUGAAAUAACUACCAUCCUGGCUGUGGUUUAUUACCAAGAGUUAAUUGGUAUUCCUAACGCACUGAUCUAGGUGCUAAAGGCAA